AUGGAGGUCGAGGACCGCCUCGUUAGCGUCAUUCCCGUCAACUACACAGAUGCUCUCCGGCCAAAUAUUCAGCUACAUCAAUUCCCUCUCCUCACACGACCCCUGGAAGUCCCACCAUCCGCCGCUGCCAGCGGUAAGCGCAUCCGCGCACGCGUGAAGGCUAAGGUGAAGCGGCUCGAAGUCCAUGUACCUGUCGAUACGCGUCCCGAGGUAUGGAAUAGCGAGAGAUCAAAGGAACUAGGUGCAGCGCGGGUGGAGGACGAUAAGGAGAAGAAUCAGGAGCUGCCGAAAGUGAAGCAGCGAGAAGGAGAGGAUGCUAGGCUGUCGGAGGUGCGAAUGCGCAGUGAGCAAGUUCCACAGAUUGGUGUAUAUGUUCUAGGGGUUCUUCGUGAGGGACGGCUCUAUCUACAUCCGAUAAACGAGACUCACCAGUUCCGUCCAACCCUCACCUAUAUGGAUAUGCACCUUCGAAAAAGCAGGCGCACGCGUCCAGGGGAUGAGUCGGAUGAAGACGAGGGCCCUCCUCCAGAUCCAGAUGAGCCUGCGCCCGCUCCAGCGCCGAAGAAGGAGAAGAAGCCCUCCGGGCAGGCGAAGGAGGUGCAGGUGGCCGUCCGCAAAACUGCAGAAAGCCAGGGUCUGCAGUUCACGGGGGGCAUGACACAAAUCCGCCGGGAUAUGCUUACACUGAUCCACGCUGAAGAGGAUGAACAAUGGGAUGACUAUGAGUAUUGCGGGGGAGAGACGGCGGAGGCAAAUGAGGCUUUCGAGUCGGUGUUCUCGACCUCCUUCGAGGAGCUUGAAUGUAAAACAGAUAUAACAAGUCUGCUUAAGAAUGUGCCUGGUUUGUGA